AUGAUGAUCCAGGACGAAGACUACUUUAUCCCGCCCAAGAGUGGCCGGUACCGCUGGUACAAUGAACCCCGCCAAACCUCCAUCAGGUCGAUAAGGAUGACAGACGACAAUACUGCUUUGAAUGAUUCGAGUCCUUUGUUGCAACUGCCUCGAGAACUGCGCGACGAGAUAUGGGAGCUGGCUUUCAACUCGACGAGGCUGACGUUCGGACUGCGAUACACACCCCGCUAUGGCGAGAGGUAUCUCAAGCCUGCCCCACAUUCCCUCGCGCUAUUGCGCGUAUCCCGCCAGAUUCACAUCGAAACACGCGACAUAUGGCUUCAGCGUGUUACUUUCAAUUUUGAAGAUCCUCAAACUAUGCUAAACAGGCUGUCCGAAUUACCGGAUUCUACUGUAUCCAAGAUCCGCCACCUUCGGUUGAUCGGCUCCCCAAUGAUGCGCUAUCUCAAAGGUUUCGACGACCUCAUGUACCGUCAUGAAUCCAUCUUCCAGUUGCUUCCUGCACUCAGGUUGGACUGCUUGACAGUAUUUGCGGUGGCAGCUGCUGCGCCGGAGUAUGACGCUAUUACGAACCUGAUAAACCGCGGCAACGGAUGGAAAGAGCUUCGCUAUGUUACUCGGAGUUCACGCAUGCUCGGCUUUAGCCCUUCCAGAAGCCACGGAUCUCGCGAAACGGGGGACAUCUGCCGUCAGCCUCAGCCCAGGUUUUGGAACAAGAGAUUAUCAAACAGAGAUGGAGAAGAUUCCGGAUCCGUUGUGCAAGUGUUCAGAGCGACUGAGGAAAAUGACUGCACAUCCGUCCUUGAUACGAACAGGCGGGAGCCUUUUGAACAGAACCCACAAGAGCAUCAGCUUGAAGGAUUUGGCAGGGUUGACGACGAAGAGCUGACCAGGGGGGUUGGCGCCCGAAAAGCAUUACUCGUCUUAGUGAAGCGCGGCGACAAUGUAGACGUUACUCAGAAAUCGCCUGGAUACGGAAAAGAGCGUGACAUGAAAGCGAGGUUUAACAAGAGAAGCUGGAGGCUACGCAAAAAAGUUAUCGUUUGGACACCGUUAGAUGCGGAGAAAGACGACGAUGAUGUUGGUAACGGCUGGGCGAGACCUCAGAUACGGCGCCCCCCGUACGGCUUCGACGAUUACUACGACAUUGAUGACAUAUGA